AUGAACAAGCCUUCCACAAAACUCAGAUUCCUCUGCAGCUUGAGCUUGCUGCAUUCAUAUCUGAAACUGCUUCUAUGGCGCACAGCACUGGAUCCAAUGACAGUGUUUGCCAAGGAGGAUUCACCCACCACCAAGACAUUGCCAUGGCUUCUUCAUAUAAAUAUAACUCUUCAGAGAAUCAGUUUUUGUAUUUCUCAUACCUUCAGGAUGACCACCACAACGAAUAUUGUGAUGAUGAUGCACAAACUGCGUGUAAAAGGGUAUGCAUUUCUUGUCAUGCAUGCAAAUUAUGGUAUCAGAAUAUUCAAUUUCUUCUAUAGAGUCACUUACAUUAUUACAUUGCAUUGCAUUUUCCUCUCGCUUUUUUGUUGUGCUGAGAUUGAUGUUGAUGAUUAUGCAUUUGUGUUUUUCAUCUUUUGUGCACAGGCACUGAAAGAAUUUUCGCAGCUUCCACCACCCCUUGGUUUAAAAUUCACUAUGACUCCUGAAAUGCUGCAACCAAGUGAAGUUGCAGGCAACAAGAUUGAGAAACUGAAGGCUGUGCAGUUUCCAAUGGAUAUGCUGAGAAUCGGGUCCUUUAAGGUACGUAAUUAUAUAAUGAUAACCGUAGGUCAAAGAGCCUCCAAUUGUAUUCUAGAAACAAUUGAGGCUAAAUAUCCUUAUGAAUUGGUGGCUAAGUGUUAUUAUGCAAGACAAAAACUAAUGUGGGAGAUAUUACACGAUGGUCUGAAGUACAAAAUUGAAAUACAGUAUCAGAAUAUAUCAGCCAUUCGUGCUGUUAUACAGGAAAACUCACCGGGAAUUCUCGAAAUUGAGUUAGAGAAAGUACCAUCAUUCUUUCAGGAGAUUGAACCAAAGCCCAAAAAACAUACUAUGUGGACUACAUCUCAUGACUUCACCCAUGCCCAAGCUUCACAAUACCGGAGACACUAUCUGCAAUUUCCUCCUGGAGUUCUUGACCAACACUACAUGAAGCUAUUGCAAAGCGAUAAGAGAUUGCUAGAGUUAAGCCGAAGAACUUUUCCUAGUUCGCAUUCUGCUUAUUUUAAUUGGCAUUUAGGCGAAGGAACCACUCAAUUUUCUGUUGGUCAUGAUCUACAUGACAUUGUCUACCCCUACUCCCUCACGCUCUCUCCAUAA